AUGGGUUCCAUGCGUUCAAACGUUGAUAUUGAUUCCUUGUUGAGCCAGCUCACGCGUGAGGAAAAGGUCUCCCUCCUCAGUGCGACAGACUGGUGGCGUACACCCGUAAUCCAGCGCGAUGGCUUCACCAUUCCGCACAUCAAGACCACGGAUGGACCAAAUGGAGCGCGCGGCGAGAGCUACGUCAGCGGGAUCAAGGCAGCUUGUUUCCCAUGCGGAACCUCUCUGGGAGCCAGCUUCGACCGCGACCUGCUUUUCCGUACGGGCCAGGAAAUCGCAAGAGAGGCGAAAACGAAAUCAGCGAAUGUGCUGCUAGCCCCGACAUUGAAUGUCAUUCGCUCACCCCGCGGUGCGUGCCCUCUCAUCGAUCGCUACGGUGGUCGGAAUUACGAAACAUACUCGGAAGAUCCGUUUGCACUGGGCGUACUUGCAGCUGCUUUUGUCAAUGGCUGCCAGUCGGAAGGUAUAGCGGCAACGCCGAAACACUUCGUGGCGAACGAGACCGAGAAUAAUCGCACGAUUCUCACGGUUGAUGUUGAUUCACAAACGCUGCGGGAAAUAUACCUUCUACCAUUUCAGCUUGUGAUGAAACAUUCAAGUCCUUUGUGCCUUAUGACAAGUUAUAACCGCGUCAACGGCACCUAUGUCGCGGACAGCGAGCAGCUGGUGAAUGGCAUCCUCCGCGGUGAGUGGGGGUUCCAAAACCUGGUGGUGUCAGACUGGAUGGGCGUCUACUCCACGGCCCAAUGUCUGAAUGCAGGGGUGGACCUGGAAAUGCCGGGGCCGACAAAAUUGCGUGGAGAGAAGCUCCUGCAGGCCAUAGAGCAGGGCGAAGUCAGUGAUGCGACAAUCAACGCUUCGGCUAGACGGGUUCUCGAGCUUGCACGAGUAUUGGGUCGAUUCGAAAACCCCGAAGAACCGCCAGAACAAAGUGUAAGCAAUACUGGCCGUGAUUUGUUCAUCCGAGAUGCGAGCGCCGCUGGGAUGGUGUUGUUAAAGAACGACGGUGACAUUCUGCCCUUGCCAAAGGCAUCAACCGUGACGGUUGUGGGCUACCAUGCGCUGCACGUCGCUUUAGGUGGUGGAGGAAGUGCGCGUGUGGACGCCAUUCAUGCGGUCAGCCCGGUAGAGGGACUCAGGGCAGCUGGGUAUGAAGUUGACGCCUGCCCUGGGGUUCCUGUGUAUGGAGCCCUUCCCCAUCCCGAUGCCGCCCUCAUGUAUGACUCUGUGUCCAAGACCAAGAUGCCUGAGCCAGUGAGGGUCGAGUGGUUCAACGGAUGCACUAUCGGAGAGAAGCUGGCGCUUGAGGAAACGAAGGCACUACCGGAAUACAUGAUCAAGGAAAAGUGGCCGUCCUAUCUGGAGCAGAUUUACUGCACCCGCAUGACUUACGAUGUCUGCCCUUCCUCAAGCGGCGAACAUCUGCUCUCGGUCAUUUCCACUGGACCAGCCAUCUGCUACAUCAAUGGAGAGCGCGUCUUCGAGCGGCCUCAAGAGACGGAUCUUCGCCCGGAAUCCUUUUAUUUCUUCAAAUCUCAACUGGAACGCCGCUUUACCUACCCCAUGGAGGCUGGUAAAUUCUAUACGCUCGUCCUGGAAUCGUGGAACACAGAUCAGGAAAUCCUCCAUGGCAAGCCCCUGUAUGGCCGGAUGUUCCAGGGGUCAAGUUUGCGGUUCCAAGAAUUCGUGGACGAGAACCAGCGAAUUCGCGAGGCUUGCGAAUCAGCGCAAAGGUCCGAUUACGCUGUGGUAUGCGUCGGCACGACGAGCGAAAUCGAGUCGGAAGGAUUCGACCGCAGCUCAAUGGACCUGUCCAGCUCGCAGUAUGAGCAAAUCCAAGCCGUGGCGGCUGCAAAUAGCCGGACAAUUGUUGUCAACUUUAGUGGUAGUCCCGUCACCAUGACGGCAGUUGUCGAUCAAGUACCCGCCUUAAUACAGGCCUGGUUUCCGGGACAAGAAUGCGGCCAUUCGCUGGCUCGACUUCUCAGUGGUGAUGUCUGUCCCAGUGGCCGGCUGCCAUUCUCCUGGCCACGUCAGGACGAGGACAAUCCGACCUUUCACAACUUCCCCUGCGAUGAAGACAAUGUCGUUCGUUACGAGGAGAAGCUGGACGUUGGAUACCGCUUUUAUGAUCGCCCGGAGAGCCCCAUGCCCCUGUUCCCUUUCGGCUUUGGUCUCUCGUACACGCAGUUCCAUGUUACUGGUCUUCGGGUGAAACGUACGGUCUUCUCGGGAUUGGACGUGUCAGUGGAGCUCAUCUGCGAUGCUAAAAAUGUGGGAGCCCGAGACGGCGCGGCCGUACUGCAGUACUAUGUGCAGCCUCCUCUAGGAGCAGGCACUGGUGGUUGUAAGCGGCCCAUCAAGGAGUUGAAGGAAUUCCAAAAGGUAUAUCUAGUUGCCGGUGAAAGUCGAGAGGUGCAGAUCACGCUUGAUAAGUACAGCAUCAGUUACUUCAACGCCGAAAGGGAUUCCUGGGUAGCGGACCCGGGUGUAUACAAGGUGCAUUUGGGUACGUCCUCUCAAGACGUUGUGGGGACAGUGAGUUUUGUUGUACGGGAACCACUCGCUUGGAAGGGCCUCUAG